GUGCUACCGCUCAAGCAGAAAUACAUGUGUUUGUUUUAAUCUAACAUUUCGUACUACAGAUUUUCGUACGAAUUCACAUCCACUGUAACAGCCACCUAAGAUGCAUUAAAGUUAUGUGCAAAUUUUCACUGUAUUGCACUAAUUCUCUGCACAAUAAAUUUUUCUUAAUUAGUUUUAGAAAUAAUACAUUAUAAGUAUUUAGCGACACCAAAAAGUAUCAAAUAGGUACAAUGUUUCUAGUUAUUACUUUACUUACUGCAAUAUUGGCAAUAAUUUUCGGUUUUAAAUAUAUGCCAGAAUUUAAUAGAUAUUACACAUUAAUAGUGAAACUGCCAGGUCCAAAAAUGUAUUCAAUUUUGGGAAAUUUGCCGGACCUCCUAAGUGACGAAGCUACUCUUUUUAAAAAGAUUAGACAAUGGAGCAAGGAAUAUUAUCCAGUGUACAAGCUAUCAACUGCUCUUUACUUCUCAGCCAAUAUAAGUAGUCCAGAAGAUUUUGAGGCAAUUGCGUCUACGACAAAAAAUAUAGAAAAAACAUUUUUAGAUUUAUGGUUGGGAGAAGGUCUUUUAACAAGUACUGGGUCCAAGUGGCAAACCAGGAGAAAAAUAUUAACCCCUGCUUUCCACUUCAGUAUCUUGCAGCAAUUUGUAGGUGUGUUUACAACUGAAACUGAUCAUUUGGUAAAAGAAUUGAGGAAAAUUUGUCACAAACCUUAUAUAAAUGUUGUACCAUACAUUUCGCAGUUUACCUUAGGUGCAAUCAACGAAACUUCAAUGGGUACCAAAUUAAAUGUCGAAAAUGAAGAAGAUAGGUCAUAUUGCGAUGCCACCCAUCAAAUAGGAAAGAUAAUAACGCACCGAAUAACAAGACCUUGGCUGUAUUUCAAUAAAUUAUAUUAUUUUUUUAUGAUUCCCGGUUACAAGGAGAAACGAUUGGUAAAAAUCUUGCACAAUUUUACAAAUAAUGUGAUUGCGGAAAGAUCAAAAGAAUUUGAAACAUUUAAGGUGCCCAUCAGCGAAAACGAUGAGGAGUUUAAUUAUUCGAAAAGAAAGAAAUUAGCCAUGUUAGACUUAUUGCUUAAUGCCAAAAUCACCAAUGAAAGUAUUGACGACAAAGGAAUUCAGGACGAAGUUAAUACUUUUAUGUUUGAGGUCAGUGCAUUAUUUAUAUAUUCAUUGUUUUUAGUAAAUACAUCAACGAAAUGCAAAAAUUAGUUACUCCUUAU